AUGCCAGUCUCGGAGGAGACGCUACAAGCGCAAGGCGUUUCGAACGCGAGCGAGCUGGUGUUUAGGCUGCGGAAGAGUCUCUACGGGCUCAAGCAGGCAGGCCGGCUGUGGAGCCAGCUGCUGCACUCGAAGCUCAUUACUGCCGGUUUCACGCGGUCGACAGGGACGAGCGCGGCAGCGGUCGAGCGGUUCUUUGACAGCCUCGCGUCGUUGUCGAUCAAGGACCUGGGGCGUGUCAACAAGUUCCUGGGAAUGCGCGUGACGCACAACGGUCAGAAUGGGUACACGCUCGAUCAGGAGGAGGCCAUCAGAGACCUCCUACGCGACAACGGACUCGCUGAAGCCAACUCGACGUGGACGCCGAUCGACGACAGCUGCUACGAGUUGGAGGAGGGCGACGCGGAGCUUCUUGGGACGCCAAGCGCGCAAUUAGGACCGACUGGGCGCCAGUUUCAGUCGCUGGUCGGCUCGCUGCUCUGGGUGGCGCGUUGCACGCGCCCUGACAUAGCGUUUGCGGUGCACAAGGUCACGAGACGAGCCCAUGCGCCUUGA